AUGCCAGAGAGAAACGCUUCUGCCAUUAAGGUUGUUUCAAGAAAAUCCUUAUGCUUUUUCUUCACAACAACGACGUUGUUGUUCAUCAUGUCAUGGCUUUUCGUUCUCCGUUCAACUCGCUCCGAUUCUACAUCGGAAGUUAUUUCUGAGCUCCUCUCGGAAUCAUUUCAUUCGCAAAACUCAGAAUCUUCCUUCAGCAACAGAGCCAUUCUCGUUAACACCAAAAAACAAAAACAAACACCCUACAUUCUAAAAUGCAACAGCCACACCACCACCAUGUCGAAUGACAACAGUAACUAUAGCAACAAUUUUUUAUUGAAGGUGUUCAUGUAUGAUUUACCUUCGGAGUUUCAUUUCGGAUUAUUAGAUUGGAAAACCGACGACGGAAAUGGGAAAAACAAAAAUGUCUUUCCUGAUAUGAAAACCAACGUACCAAGAUACCCGGGUGGUUUGAAUUUGCAACACAGUAUUGAGUAUUGGCUAACAUUAGAUAUUCUAGCUUCAGAAUUACCAGAACUUUACCCUAACAAAACUAGAACUGUAAUCAGAGUUAAGAACUCGACGGAUGCUGAUGUAAUAUUUGUGCCGUUUUUUUCUUCUUUCAGUUAUAACAGACUCUCCAAAACAGGUCCACAUGAAAAGAAGAGUAGAAACCGGGUGUUACAAGAGAAUUUGGUGAGGUAUUUGAUGAAUCAAGAGGAGUGGAAAAGGUCUGGUGGCAGGGAUCAUUUGAUUCUGGCCCAUCAUCCUAAUAGUAUGUUGGAUGCUAGAAUGAAGCUCUGGCCUGCAACUUUUAUAUUGUCUGAUUUCGGGAGGUAUCCUCCGAAUGUAGCGAAUGUCGCGAAAGAUGUGAUUGCGCCUUAUAAGCAUGUUGUUGGUUCUUAUGUUGAUGAUCAAUCUAGCUUUUAUAGCAGGAAAACUUUGCUUUACUUCCAAGGAGCUAUUUACAGAAAAGAUGGAGGCCAUGCUAGGCAAGAACUGUUUUAUCUUCUGAAAGACGAAAAAGAUGUACAUUUUUCAUUUGGAAGUGUACAGAAAGGCGGAAUAAGAAAAGCAACAGAAGGCAUGCGUUCUUCAAAAUUCUGUCUCAACAUAGCAGGCGACACACCAUCAUCAAAUCGGUUAUUCGACGCCAUUGCAAGUCACUGUGUCCCUGUCAUAAUCAGUGACCAAAUUGAGCUUCCAUACGAGGAUGUCCUCGACUACUCAGAGUUCUGCAUAUUCGUUCGCACAAGAGACGCCCUCAGAAAGAAGUUUCUGAUAAACUUCAUUAGGAGUAUUGACAAAGAUGAAUGGACAAGAAUGUGGAACAGGCUGAAAGAAGUUGAAAAAUUCUUUGAUUUUCAGUUCCCUUCUAAAGAAAGCGAUGCUAUUCAAAUGAUUUGGCAAGCUGUUUCGCGUAAGGUUCCAUUGAUGAAGUUGAAAACAAACAGGUCUAGGAGAUUUUUUAGGUCCCUUGGUAAUAAUAAAGAUAUGGGGCAUAAAUCUAUACCAGCACCAGCUGAUUUUUGGUGA